AUGCACGGCCGCGCCCUUCGCACCCCCGCCCUGCUAGCAGCAGCGCUGCUGGCGUCGGCCGUCACGCUCACGCUUCUCCCCUCCGCCGCCGCGCAGCCGUGGGUUGCCCCGUGGCCGAAGUGCAACGACACCACGGGCAACUACUCGGCCGGCAGCGCCUACGCCAACAGCAUCAAGCAGCUCAUCCACAACCUCCAGACGAACGCGUCCAACACGCCCGCCCUCUUCGCGACGGGCUCCGCCGGCGCAGGACCGGACACCGUCUACGGGCUCAUACUCUGCCGCGGCGACCUCAGCCCCACCGACUGCUUCGACUGCGGCACCAAAGCCGGCCAGGACGUGUACCGGGUCUGCAACCACACGCGGGACGCGGCGCUCGUCUACAACCAGUGCUACGUCCGCCUCGCCCCGACGGACUUCCUCGCCUCCAUCAACAACACCGGCAUGGUGGGCCUCAUCAGCGGCGAAAGCGUCCCCGCAGGCGUCGACGUCGCGGCCUACGACGGCGCUGUCACCAGGCUGCUCAACGCCACCGUGCGGUAUGCGGUGGACAGCUCGGCCCCGUCGUCGUCCCUGAGGAAGUACUUCGCCACGGGGCAGAUGGUGGGGCUCGACCCGCAGCUGCAGCUCCGGACGGGCAUCUGGUCCAUGGCGCAGUGCGCGGGGGACAUAUCGCCGGCGCAGUGCCGGAGCUGCCUGGACGACUUGCUGGCGCAGUGGUGGGAAGAGUUCGACCGCAACGAGACCGGCGCCAGGCUCGACGGUAAAAAAAAUUCAGUUGGCAAACUUCUCAGAAUUAUAUUGCCAAUAGUAUCUGUUGCUGUAAUAGCUGUCGUAGUCCUCUCCAUAUGGAUUGUUUGUAAGAAGAGAACAUCUCAAGGAACAAAUAUUCCCCACCAAACUUAUAUGGCUGAGGACUUCGAAAGCAUCAAGUCGAUAUUGUUAUCGCUGUCAUCGCUACAAGUAGCAACAAAUAACUUUGAUGAAAGCAAUAAACUAGGUGAAGGGGGAUUCGGUGCAGUUUACAAGGGACAUCUUUCCGGACGGGAAGUGGCUGUGAAGAGGCUGUCAAAGGGUUCAGACCAAGGACUAGAAGAACUAAAAAAUGAGCUAGUUUUGGUGGCCAAACUUCAUCACAAGAACCUUGUUCGUUUGGAGGGUUUCUGCUUAGAAGAGGGAGAGAGUGGCUACAUGUCUCCCGAGUACGUGAUGCGUGGACAAUACUCCACAAAAUCAGAUGUAUUUAGUUUCGGCAUCCUUGUUAUAGAGAUUGUAACAGGACAGAAAAACGCUGGGCAUUACAUCGACGAGCAAAAUGAGGAUAUUAUAAGCAUUGUAUGGAGGCACUGGACCGAGGGAACAAUUGCAGAGAUGAUAGAUGAUUCUCUGGGGAGAAAUUACUCAGAGACCGAGGUGCUAAAAUGCGUUAACAUUGGUUUGUUGUGCCUUCAGCAGAGUCCCAUGGACCGACCUACGAUGUCUGAUGUCAUGGUGAUGCUCAGUGGUGAUGAUGAUACUAGUUCUCUACCACCUGCUGCGAGACCCACAUUUUUCUUGGAUAGAAGCACAGCAGCAGCGCUGCUGGCGUCGGCCGUCACGCUCACGCUUCUCCCCUCCGCCGCCGCGCAGCCGUGGGUUGCCCCGUGGCCGAAGUGCAACGACACCACGGGCAACUACUCGGCCGGCAGCGCCUACGCCAACAGCAUCAAGCAGCUCAUCCACAACCUCCAGACGAACGCGUCCAACACGCCCGCCCUCUUCGCGACGGGCUCCGCCGGCGCAGGACCGGACACCGUCUACGGGCUCAUACUCUGCCGCGGCGACCUCAGCCCCACCGACUGCUUCGACUGCGGCACCAAAGCCGGCCAGGACGUGUACCGGGUCUGCAACCACACGCGGGACGCGGCGCUCGUCUACAACCAGUGCUACGUCCGCCUCGCCCCGACGGACUUCCUCGCCUCCAUCAACAACACCGGCAUGGUGGGCCUCAUCAGCGGCGAAAGCGUCCCCGCAGGCGUCGACGUCGCGGCCUACGACGGCGCUGUCACCAGGCUGCUCAACGCCACCGUGCGGUAUGCGGUGGACAGCUCGGCCCCGUCGUCGUCCCUGAGGAAGUACUUCGCCACGGGGCAGAUGGUGGGGCUCGACCCGCAGCUGCAGCUCCGGACGGGCAUCUGGUCCAUGGCGCAGUGCGCGGGGGACAUAUCGCCGGCGCAGUGCCGGAGCUGCCUGGACGACUUGCUGGCGCAGUGGUGGGAAGAGUUCGACCGCAACGAGACCGGCGCCAGGCUCGACGGUUCGCGAUGCAACCUGAGGUUUGAAACGGGGAACUUCUACACCGGCGUCCCGAUGGUGAAGCUGCAGAUGAACGGCGAGGGGGCCGCUCCAGCGCCGGCGCCUUCGACGGAUGUUGUAGCUGGCACCACCGCAGGUAAAAAAAAUUCAGUUGGCAAACUUCUCAGAAUUAUAUUGCCAAUAGUAUCUGUUGCUGUAAUAGCUGUCGUAGUCCUCUCCAUAUGGAUUGUUUGUAAGAAGAGAACAUCUCAAGGAACAAAUAUUCCCCACCAAACUUAUAUGGCUGAGGACUUCGAAAGCAUCAAGUCGAUAUUGUUAUCGCUGUCAUCGCUACAAGUAGCAACAAAUAACUUUGAUGAAAGCAAUAAACUAGGUGAAGGGGGAUUCGGUGCAGUUUACAAGGGACAUCUUUCCGGACGGGAAGUGGCUGUGAAGAGGCUGUCAAAGGGUUCAGACCAAGGACUAGAAGAACUAAAAAAUGAGCUAGUUUUGGUGGCCAAACUUCAUCACAAGAACCUUGUUCUCUUUGGAGGGUUUCUGCUUAGAAGAGGAGAGAGGUUGCUCGUCUAUGAGUACAUGCCCAACAAAAGCCUCGACAAUAUUCUUUUUGAUCACGAGGAGAAAAGACGACUAGAUUGGAGGAAUCGAUUCAACAUAAUAGAAGGAGUUGCACGUGGAUUGCAAUAUCUUCAUGAAGACUCUCAAAAGAAGAUAGUCCACCGUGACUUGAAAGCGAGCAACAUUUUGUUGGAUUCACACAUGAACCCUAAGAUUGGUGACUUUGGCCUAGCCAGGCUCUUUGGGCAAGAUCAGACUCGAGACGUCACAAACAACAUCGUCGGGACAUUUGGCUACAUGUCUCCCGAGUACGUGAUGCGUGGACAAUACUCCACAAAAUCAGAUGUAUUUAGUUUCGGCAUCCUUGUUAUAGAGAUUGUAACAGGACAGAAAAACGCUGGGCAUUACAUCGACGAGCAAAAUGAGGAUAUUAUAAGCAUUGUAUGGAAGCACUGGACGGAGGGAACGCUUGUAGAGAUUAUAGAUGAUUCUCUAGGGAGAAACUACUCGGAGACUGAGGUGCUAAAAUGCGUUAACAUUGGCCUGUGGUGCCUUCAACAGAAUCCCAUGGAUCGACCUACGAUGUCGGAUGUCAUGGUGAUGCUCAAUGAUGUUGAUACUAGUUCUCUGCCUGCUGCUGCAAGGCCAACUUUUUUCUUAGAUGCAAGCUCUGGUUACUCUUACACUUCAGGUACUAUUUCACACCCUUCUGCCAGGUAG